GAAAUUUCGCGAGUUUUCUACUCGUACCAAUACUGCCUAUCGCCUGCUACGUUUCGUUGGUUGGUGAUGGUGGUGUAUGUACACGCGCCUGGGACACGACACGCUGGCAUACGCUUUUGCCGAUGUGUGUUCAAUGUCGGCUAGUGUGCCGCCGGAACGCUCUCGGGUUGACGGGUUUGCCAGUCCGUGUCAGGUUGGCGUCGGGAGGAGACGAAUGUGUGACGCGGACGUUCACACUCUUUGCGGGUUUCUCCGCUGGGUCGUGACAGUAAUAGCCGGUGCUGCAGUGAAAGGUGAACGAAGGAUAGUUCUGCAGUGUUACAUUUAGAAAGCCCAACUUAAAGGCAGCCGAGGAGCUGAGCAUCAAUUGUGAAGAGAGCAAAUGAGGGGAAACAGUGUGUAUAAGUGUGUGUGCUGGUGUGUUGGUGUGCCGUUCUAGUGGUGGAGUGAAGUACAAACUAGAUCUAUCGAGUGACGGCAAAGGACUUCUAUUCCGUUAAAAAAGCCAAAGCAGGAAGUGUGUAUGUGCUCGCGUGUGUGUUUGUGUAGUUUGUACAGUGUGUGAGGUGCAUGUGUAUGUGUGUGUGUGUGUGUGAGUGUUGAUGUACAUAAAAAAAUCGGCAUCAUUACGUAAGUUACUCUGGUGCGCCAAUGUCCGAACCGAAUCAUCGCAGUAGGCUUCCCUUCGAUUGACGGUGGCGUUCGGCGUGAAAGUAGUGAAGCUGAGAAACCAGUGCUAGUGAUCGGAAUGGCAGAGGACGACAGUCAGGGUACGGUGUAAUUGUGUGCAAGUGAAGCAUUCCGUGUGAUGUGUGCUUAAAUUAAGAGGAGAAUUUAAAAGGAAGAAUAAAAAAAAGGAUAUAUCCCUUUGGUUUUAGUGCGCUGUACCGUUGCUUCGCGAGUGAGUAAGUGCGGGUUGGGUACGGUAGAGCUGAAACGUACUAAAUCCUUUCCCCCAAGCCCGUGCCAAACGUGAUCCUCCUUUCUUUUUUGCCCAUGCCAGUCGGUGCUAUUGUGUGCUGCUUAGUGAGUGUAGAAACAGAAGCCAGUGCUCCGGUGAUGCAGAAGAGAAAGUUGGAAAAGUUUCACUAGCGUACCGGUCCACCUUGUUCCACCUUGUCAGAUAAUCGAAUGUCUGGGCAAGAGGCCACAUGCAAAACGUACACACAUCCAGCCUCGGAGUGCCAAAUUGAGUUAGAUCGACCGCAUUUGUGUGUGUAUCUGGGUGUGUGUGUGUGCGAGUGUGUCUAGGGUGGUACCACAUCCUCGGGCACGAAUCCGUAGCAGGGCGGCUUGCAAUCUAAGCGAAUUAAAUGCUUGAUCCGAGUGUGGAACAAGUUUACGCUCGGAAAUAAUUGAAGCCUCACACCUACCAGCUUGUGCUCAGGUGAACCAGAAGAAAGUGCGUGAACCGUUACGGCAGACCUCGGGUACCUCGAGAGUGCAUCUUUCUGUUCUCGUUCGUUCGGUUCCCGCUACGGGGAUAAUACGUUCGGAAAACUCUUUAUCCGAACCUCCUGUGUGUGUGUGUGUGUGUGUGUGUGUGUGUGUGUGUGUGUGUGUGAAGCCGGGUGCAGUUUUUCUUCCGUCAGCUUUGGUUUCGGUGCCGUUUCAUCCCGAUGCAGUGCCCGGUGAUGGUAUGGUGGUAGCGGCCAGUGUUUGUGGAUGGUCCGAUGCCAAGCCGCGUGUCGUUGGCAGCAGAUACACAGUACCGUGCGAGCGAUUGCACACCGAUCGUCACCGAGCAGGUCGGUUCGUUCGUGGAAAAUGCUCUGCCCCUUGCAGGCUGCUGACACUACUACCGCCCGUGGCACAGUAACUAGCGGACGCAAUCAACGUAUUGAGAGUUAGCGGCCAUCAUGUCAACAGCCAAACGGCUGGUGCUAUCGUUAAGAGGUCGUAAAGAAUCUCACGGCACCGCCGGCACCUCCUCGACCCGGCUCGUCUCCGCCAACAGCACGUCGCCCGGCCACGAGCUCGACGAGAUAGCGGUGGUUUCGGUCGGCGCCGAAUCCGGCCACGUCUCCUACGGCAGCUUAUCCCUCGGGCACACCAAUGGACCCCGCUACAUACCAGAUGAUGAUGACGGGAAUGCAAGUUUUGACAGCACCAAACUGUCGAGACAUCAUUCGCACUCUCUCAACGGUACGGACGCGGCAAUAAUGCAUCUAGCGCCACCGCCGCUCGAAGCCGUCGGAUCCGAUUUCAAUACGAUUCAAUCGUCCGCGGACCAUAACCGAAACUCUGUGAGCCGUCAAAGUCUCAUGGAUAUCGUCAGUUCCAAGCUAGGCAUGUCCGGCCCCCAGCUGGGCCAGAGCAUAUCGCAGCAAGGAUUCUUCUCGUCCCGUGACAGCCUCUCGGCGUCCGGUACGUCCCGGCCCCUACACUCCCAUGUAUCCGCCACCACGUCCGAGAUGGAUCUGUCCCGGAAGGACAGGAAGCGCGAACGGAGCAAGCUGAAAGCGGCCGAUCCGCCCCUGCUCGGUUCCUGGAGCCGGAC